AUGUCGUACGGCGGUAAGGGCAAGAAGCCGGUCAGAGAUACUGACAACAACAGAUCUCGUGGUCCGCGCAAUGAACCGGAUGACCGCGGCGAUGAUGGUCGCCGACGGUCUGAGCCAUACUACCCACAUGGCUACUACGCAAAUGUCACGCCGCCAGCCCCAAGACCACAGGCUCCAGUGCCUAGAUACCGGAUACUCGGCAUCCCGGACGACGGUCGUAUCAAUCCUCGCGGCGAUCGUAGGCACCCAGAACCUACGUAUCCGUCGCCACGCAGCCGAGUGCAGUCUGGCAGGGACACGUAUGCUCCUGAUCCCGCUGUCGAUCGCACUGCCCUCACAAAAGCUGACGUGCUCCGAGCCGUGGGUUAUUCUGUUGACUGCACAGAGGUCCUCGAAAGCCGGCUCAACGACCUCACACAGCCUUCACUCAUGGCGCAACGCACCAUCUCCAAUUCCAUAGCAGAGUCCAAGGAGCUGGUGGCAUGGGUAACUGCGCAGCGGGCAGGCAUCCUCCUUCUGCAAAGCGAUUUGACUCAUGAGGAGCUCGAGGCACGCCCAAGAACGAUGGGCUUCUUCGCCGCCUUUUCCAAUUCAAUUGCGCGGAACAUGACCACCCGCGCAAGACCCACGUUAGUGUUGAAGUGGUGUUGCUCGGCGUACGACUGUCCCGCCGAGACGCUUCUCCGUCAGCUCAUCGGCCAGGCGCUGUCCCAUUAUCUUAUGGAAGGCCGGAUGGUGGACGUUCCGCUACCCGAGAGGGCCGAUGGUGCAUUCAAUUGGAAGGAGUUGAUGACCAUUUUCGAAGACCUGGUCACGACUCUCCUCAAGUUCGCGCAGGUCGUCGUUGUACUGGACUCAGCCCAUGUUUACGACGACCCGGAUGCAGAACGGACGACAUACAGAGACAUAGUAGAGACGCUAGCUCAGCUGGCGUGGGAGAAUCGUGCCGGCCAAGCGCUCACGAUACUCAUCACCUCUUUGACGCCCUUCUGGCUUCCACACAGUGGCGACUCUAUCACAGAACGCAUUGCGAUAAGCCGGCAAGAUUACGCCCAGCUGCGAGCAAAUGCUGAAGCUACUCUUCAGCAGGCUGCCGAGAAUGAGCGUAACGGGCAGCGGCAAAGGCGAGAACGAAGGUGA